AAGGAAUCAUGUGCUGCCAGAGUACUUAUCCGGGGAAGCUCAUUGAAGUAGAAAGGAAUUAAGAGGAGCAAGAAAGAGAGAGAGAGAGAGGGUCACGCCAAACCAAAUUGUUGGCAAGGCCGGGAUUAGAAAGCAGACAGAAAUCCAAAACAAAGUAGUUCGGCUUGGUUUAGGGCAGCAGCUGCAGCAAGAACGGCAACCUAAAAGUACAAUCAGCCAAGAAGAAGAAGAAACAAUUAACUAAUAAAGAAGAUAACAAAGCAGAGAGAUCUUCUGGAAAAAAGUUUUCAUCACUAUAUGGAAAGGAAGUGAAUUCACUGCAUCUUGGCUCACAAGAAAGGACACUGACUUAGAUCCAUUCACUGUUUUUAUUGUUGAAUUUGGACCAUCGCUAUGCAUCUAUCCAUAUUACUUCUCUUUGCCCUGCUCGGAGAAAUUAGUGCUCAGUUCCCCAGGCAAUGUGCUACUGUUGAUGCGCUGACAAGAGGGGAAUGCUGCCCAGACCUGUCUCCAGUGGUGGUUCCUGGUUCAGACAGGUGUGGGUCAUCUUCUGGAAGGGGGCAGUGUGUACAAGUGACAGCCGAUUCCAGACCCCAUGGACCCCAGUACAUGCACGAUGGGCGAGAUGACCGUGAACAAUGGCCUCUACGCUUCUUCAACCGAACCUGCCAGUGCAACCGGAACUUCUCUGGAUACAACUGUGGAGCCUGUCGAGCUGGCUGGAGCGGACCUGCCUGUGAUCAGCAGACACAAAUAGUCAGAAGAAACCUUCUGGAUCUGAGUAAUGAAGAAAGGAAUCGAUUCCUAAGAGCCUUGCAACAGGCCAAGAAUACCAUUCACCCUGACAUUGUGAUAGCCACAAGGAGACGCGAGGAGAUACUGGGCCCUGACGGCAAUACACCACAAUUUGAAAAUGUGUCCAUUUAUAAUUAUUUUGUGUGGUCCCAUUAUUACUCUGUCAGAAAGACAUUCCUUGGACCAGGGCAGCAGAGCUUUGGUGGAAUAGAUUUCUCCCACGAAGGACCAGCUUUUCUCACCUGGCAUAGAUACCAUCUACUACAGUUGGAGAGAGACAUGCAGGACAUGCUACAGGAUCCUUUCUUUGCCCUCCCCUACUGGAACUUCGCAACAGGUAGAAACACCUGUGACAUUUGCACAGAUGACCUCAUGGGAGCAAGAAGCAACUUUGACACCACUCUGAUAAGCCAAAACUCAAUCUUCUCUCAGUGGCGUGUUUUGUGCGAGGAGAUUGAAGACUACGACACGUUGGGUACCAUUUGCAACAGCACAGAAGGUGGCCCAAUUAGACGAAACCCUGCUGGAAAUGUUGCCCGCCCAAUGGUGCAGCGCCUGCCUGAACCACAGGAUGUUGCUCUUUGCUUAGAAGUCGGAUUGUUCGAUACGCCUCCGUUCUAUUCAAAUUCAACAGACAGCUUUCGUAAUACAGUGGAAGGUUACAGUGACCCUUCGGGGAAGUACAAUCCAGCUGUACGUAGCCUUCACAAUCUGGCCCAUCUGUUCUUGAACGGCACUGGAGGGCAAACCCAUUUGUCCCCAAAUGAUCCCAUUUUUGUCCUCCUGCACACAUUCACCGAUGCUCUUUUUGAUGAAUGGCUGAGAAGGCAUAACCCUGAUAUCUCGAUCUACCCACUAGAGAAUGCCCCCAUUGGACAUAACAGACGGUACAACAUGGUACCAUUCUGGCCCCCCGUGGCCAACAAUGAGAUGUUUGUUACAGCACCAGGAAAUCUGGGAUACAGUUAUGAAGUUCAGUGGCCAACUCGGGCUCUCCAAGUCACGGAAAUCAUCACUAUUGCCAUUGUCACUGCCUUGAUCCUGGUUGCAAUUAUAUUCGGUGCUGCCACUUGCAUCGUCCGUGCCAGGAGAAACAAAGAUGAUCUUCAUCAGCCGCUUCUCACGGACCAGUACCAGACCUACUCAGACGAUUAUGACAGCAUACCAACCCCAAGCCACUCCAGGGUGUGAAGUGUCAGCGGUUUAUCUGCACCCUGUAGCAUUCGCUCUUUCUGAUCUGAUUCACAAUAAAGAACAUGAAGAGUGACAAA